UAAAGAACCGCAGUGCAGUCUGGGUAAUAUAUGGUAUGUGUUUAGGUUUUGAGCAAAUAACACACAGAUGGUCGCUUCCCCAGAAACGUAAAUGGCGUAUUUAUAGAGUAUGUAGCGUGAUUUUCAUUCUUAAGUGACUGUGGCCUGUUAUCUUUUAUAUGUUCGAAGAAGAGUCGCCAAAAGUAGGAGGAUUUCUUAUUACCUUUAACAUAUCUGAAAAUUAAAAGAGGCUACGUUGCUAAUUUAGCUUCCAGGACGGAGAGAAAUUCACCUAAAACAAUCACAUUACAAUUCACUGGUUGGAUGAGUAGACCAUGUAUUUAAUGUUUUAAUAUGUAAUACUAAUAUCCAGAGCCCUUAUUAGGCUUGUAAGGUUAGGAAAAUUACUGAAUAGUCGUUGCUUUCACGCGCAACGCUAUAGUAAUCGAUAGACUGGAAAUAUCGGGCAGCAGAAAAAAAUGGAUGAAAGUGUUGGAAAUGUUGAUAACGACGAUAUUGUUAUCAUCGUGGAAAACGAGGCCGAAAGUUUACCAGCGGAGGAGGAGAGGCUGAAACAGCAAGGCACCUUCGGGCUCAUGGAUACUUGUCCAAUUUGCAAGUUGAGUUUCCACAACAGGGAGCCCAAACUCUUACCAUGUCUUCACUCUUUCUGCAAGAGGUGUCUGCCUACCCCCUUUAGGAACGCCGACCCUAGGCGUGACUUACAAGGACCAGCCGACAGCAAACCAUUAGUGGGUGCCAUUCGAUGCCCAGUGUGCAGACAGGAGUGCUGGGAAAUGGACGUGUUGGAUAAUUUCUUUGUCAAGGACUCCGCUGAAGUGCCAAGCAGCACUGUGGAGAAAACCAGUCAGGUUUGUAUGAGCUGUGAUGACAACACAGAGGCAACAGGUUACUGUGUGGAGUGUGUGGAGUUUCUGUGCGUGACAUGUAUUGAAGCCCACCAAAGGGUUAAAUUCACCAGGGAUCACACCAUACGUCAGAAAGAGGAAAUGUCACCAGAAGCACUAGGAAUAUCCACACAGAAGCCUGUCUUUUGUGACAUCCACAAACAGGAGCCACUCAAAUUGUUUUGUGAGACAUGUGACCGACUCACCUGUCGUGACUGUCAGCUGCUUAAGCACAAGGAUCACAACUACCAGUUUUUAGAAGAUGCAUACAGGAACCACAGGCUGUAUCUGGAGAAUAUGACACAACAGUUACAAGAGAAAAGAAAGGCCAUUGAGGAAGUGUCUAAUUUCAUUACAUCUGGGCUACAGCAAGUUGACGAAAACCGUAAGGCUGUAACGAAUGAAAUAAAGAAAUCCAUUUGUAACCUCAUUAUGGAAAUCAACAGGAAGGGAAAGAUCCUGGUUAAUCAGCUUGAGGCUCUGACUAAGGACCACGAGUUGGGUUUGAAGAAGCAACAGGACGAUGUCAACUCUCUGAGCAGGCACCUAGACCACGUGAUCAGCUUCACAAAAUGGGCCACAGCCAGUCAAAGUGGAACGGCCCUCCUUUACUGCAAACGACUGAUCCUCUUCCAGAUCCAUUACCUGAUGAGGGCAAGCUGUAGCCCCUCUAUCGUUCCGCAGAGUUCAGUUCGUUUCCAGUGCCGCUCUGGCUUCUGGGCCACAAAUGUAGACCUUGGUUCUCUAGUAGUAGAAAGGAGUCCAGGUCGACCUCCACUCACAAACCAACAGACUGGUCCUAGAGCUGAGGCACCUACUGCAGGCCUGUCACUCUCCGCUCAACAGCGACAGAGCACCCUGGCUCAGCUUCAGAUGCAGGUGGACAAACUUUCCCAGCAGCCCCACAGGCAGCCUCCUCCAAACCACUGGUCCUGGUAUCAGAAUGUCAGACUUCCGGGACCCCCGGGUCCUCCACCUCCCACUAGACCAAUCCAUGGAGGGUCCUCGCCAUCCCAGGGUCCUCCCAGCAUAGGGCAGCCUGGACGCAGGUAUGGGACCUCCCAGCCCACCCCAAGGAGCCCCACCUCCUCCGUGUUUCACAACCCAGGGUUUCCACCUGCUCAGGGUAUGUCCCGCUAUCCACAGCCUCUGUCCACUGGAAUCGCUACACAGACAUCUCUACAUCAGCGGGGCUUAACAGACUCAUCUUUUCUAAAGAGAAGUGAAGCUGCUGGACCCGUCCCCUCCAUUACCAUCUCUGUUCCCAAACCCAACUUUUCUUCAAGUUUGACUUCAGCAACCACAGACAAAACAAGCAUGCCCAAUCAUAUGACAGUUCAAGGACGGCAGAAUUCCCCAAUGACCAAACCAUCCUCUACGGAUAGAAGCACAGGGAUGACACCCUGGAAGCAGACUUCUGAUCCACCAUCUGCCCCCUCAGCCAAGCGACGAAGAAGGUUGUCCCCCGGGCCUGUUAUCGUCAUCAAGGAUGAACCAGAGGACGAGGAUGAAGUUCGUUUUGUGCAGUCCAGCAUCGGGUCCAGCCUGCCCGACAGCAGCACCGGGGCUCAGUCCAAGCCACGGCAGCAGCAGAAGGUGUGUCCACCAGACCCUGACCCUGUCCCUGUCCCAAAACCAGUUUCCAUCCCUGGAAAAGAGCAGCGUCCUCAGCCUACAGCACAGCCAGAGUCUGAGAAGAGAGCAGAGCCAGAAGAGGAUCCAAAUGAGGACUGGUGUGCCGUCUGCCAGAAUGGUGGAGAGCUGCUCUGUUGUGACAAGUGUCCCAAAGUUUUUCAUCUGUCCUGCCACAUCCCUACUCUGAAUGAGUCCCCAAGUGGCGAGUGGUUCUGUUCAUUUUGCCGAGACCUUGUUUCUCCUGAGAUGGAGUAUGACUGUGACAGGAAGAAUGACCCUGGCACUGAAAAGUUCCCCUCUGUUGAUAGAAGGAGGUGUGAGAGGCUUCUACUGCGUAUGUUCUGCAAUGACUUCAGUACUGACUUUCAGCAGCCUGCUUCUCCAUCAGAGACAAAAAGGUACAAAGAGUUAAUCACGACCCCGAUGGAUUUGUCAAUUGUCAAGAGAAAGCUGGAAUCUAAGUCAAAGGAGGGUGAAUGUUAUGACUGUCCUGAGGAUUUUGUCUCUGAUGUCAGGCUCAUAUUUUCCAACUGUGCAAAGUACUACAAGCCAACUUCAGAGGUGGGGAGUGCAGGCUUAUACUUGGAGGACUACUUUGAAGAACAGCUGAAGCUGGUCUAUCCAGAUAGGAUCUUUCCAGGAGGAAGGGAAGAAGGGAUGAUUCCACCUUUAGAGGAUGAGAUAGAUGAAGAGGAGGGAGAGAUGAUGGAGCAAAGUACGACUCAAGAAGCAGAGCAUAAAGCAGCAAGUCCUGCAGAAGAAGGAAUCCCUCCUGUAGAAGAGGACAUGGCUGUUGUGGAAGAAGGGCAAGCUACAGCACAGGAAGAAAAAACAGAAAAGGAGGAGGCGAAUCCUACAAGUGAAAAGGAACCAGAAGAAGAGGUGGGAGAAACAGCUGGAGAGGGGGCUUCUGCAGAGGAGGUAAAGCAAGAAGAGAAAACUCCUGUUGCAGAAGGGAAAGUCUCCCCGGGGGCUAACAACGUUGAAACAAAAGACGAUGCAGUGUUGAACUCCCACCAUGAGGAAAACCCUCAGCUCUCUACAGAGAAGUGUACAGAUCCGCCUGAAACCAAGGAGGAAUCAGCUCCUGCAAACUCAGCCAAAGAGGAGAAUGAAUAGAUGGAUGAGUAGAGAGAUGGUGAAACUAUAAAGAAAAAAAAAAGAUGGAUGAUUUUAGUCUUCCAUAUAAAUGGCCCCAGUGGGACCUACAAUUGCUGCAAUUGAAAAGGUUUUUUUGUACAAUAGUGUUUGCAAUAGGAACAAAAUAGUACAGCUAUUCAGACUUACUUGAGUAGUCGUCAUGCUGUAGGUGGACAUUGAAGAGUAUAUAAGCUCUGUUUAUGAUUAAGACGAACAGAAGUUACGAUUUUACUGUAACGGCUUAUUUUCUGUGAUGAUGCCGGAAAGCACAAAAAAUGUUUUUUGCCAGCGGGAUCAUUUCUAAAUUAUGAACAGUUGCUUGUACAUAAUAUUGCACAAUUGUUGCAAAUUAAUGUAAGAAAGUGAUACUUUGCUUUAGUUAAUGCAUGCAAAAUGUCUUAUAAAUUAUAAUGUUUCAGCCUUUGUGUUUAUAAACUGAACCUCUGUUUUAUUAGGUAUUUUAGCUCAGUUUUCCCAGACAAUAGUAUUUUUUAUUUCAUUAGUAUCUUAUAAUGCUAUGUAGAAGUGCACAGAUAUAUUGGUAUUGGACCAUAUCUGCCUUGUCGACUGUCAUUGGCUCAUGGCAAAUGGAAUGACUUCACGGUGGCCAAUAUUUAUCUGUGUUGCAUUAAAAGUGGUUUCAUAAAUUUGUUUGAUUAAAUUUGUGCUCACUCAGUGAUCGUGCACUGAAGGUGUGAAAGACUUAAAGUGUUAUUUUUAUGUAACAAAGAUUUAAGUAUUUCCCUGGCACAGAAGUGGGAA